AUGCCUCUAAAGCCAGCUGCGAGGAAUGUCUUCAAUUACAAUCGGGCUAUCCCUCGUAUGAGUUGGGCACCUGAGAACUUGUUCAAUUUGUGGCAACGUACAUCAGCUGAAUCACCCAUAAAACGAAGUCACGAUUUCACGAGAACAAAUUCAACACCAUAUCAAUUACGUUUUACUGCCAAAAGAUUAUUGAGAGGAUAUCACGGAGAUCAUAUUGGUUAUACGAAAUUCUCAAGAUGGUAUAUGCCAGAAAGAUUACCUGCCAUUCACGAAUCUUCGGCAGGAUCAGGGUCAGGGUCAGGAUCAAGCUCAGAUAUCAAUAAAUGGGUAGAAGGUAGGGAGAGAGCAGGUGGAAGGACUAAUGAUGAUCGAAAAAUCAAGAAAAAGGAAAAAGAUUCAAAGGCUCCUAUAGGCACAAUGCUGUUCGCAGACGUAGAAAGAAGAUUAGAUGUCUUGAUAUUUAGAAGUUGUUUCGCUCAAUCUGUAUGGGAAGCUAGAAGAUAUGUCGUUCAAGGUCAUGUUAAGUUGAACGGUCAAAUCGUCCGAAACCCAAACGUAAUGCUUGAACCUGGAGACCUAUUCUCUGUAGAUCCAAGUAUCAUUCACAUUUUACAACCGCCUUCCGCCAGUCCCUCACCUGCUGAGACCGAGUCAACAGAACCAGAGACUGUCUCCGAACUGGAUCCAGAAUCAGCCGAAGAAGUGGGAGCUACAGCUUCGACAUCUGGCGACGCCGAUUCGUCUUCCCCAACAGAAGCCUCUUCUGCCUCUCUUACACCUACAUCCACCACCCUUCCUGAUUCCCCUGUGACAUCCUCAUCAUCAUCCUCAUCAUCACAUUUCCACUUACCGUCAUACGCUCAACCGCACAUUUUCGUGCCCGCUUACAUCUUACCUUCGUAUCUCACCUGUUCAGCAGUGUAUGUACGACAUCCUACUGCCAGACCUGGUUAUUCAGAGAUACCAAGUCCAUACGAUGCGGGCGGUGAACUGAUGAGUUUGGGCUGGGAAUACUUCAAGAGGAGUAUGCCUAGAAUGAGGAAGAAGACUGAUAAAUGGCCUAAUCCAUGGGGUGGCUACGGGAAGAAGUAG